GCGUUCUUGCAACACCUCAAGAUCUGGCUCGAGUUGUUAAGCUUGGAAAAUAUGGUACUCCAAAUGGUUCUUUGGGUAUGUACUCUAAUCAAGGUACUGGCCAUAUGCAAAGCAACUACAGUGGGAUAUUUGUAGAUGCACAUGGAAAUCUAUUUGGACAUGGUGGAGCUGGCCGAGUUGGUGGGAAUAAUGCUUAUGGGUCUCUUGGUGAAAGUUUCAGUGCCAUGAACUUGAAUUUCAAUAACAACAAUAUAAGUAACCAUGGAGCAUCACCUUCGAUAAAUCCUUCUACAUUUGCAUCGUCCUUAGCCAACGACGGUCAGACAGAGAGCUAUUUACUUGCACAAAUGUAUGGUCGGGUUCCUAGAUCAAGCAACUUUGGGACAUCUCAAGCAUCUCAAGUUCCUCUAUUUGGACAGUAUGGUACAACAAAUGAUGUUUACGACGUUGCUCGGAUCAAUGCGAAUGGAUAUGGAGAUCUGACUGGACUUGGUGGAGGAAGAUUUUAUGGUGGUAAUGUUAAUGACUUUCUUGGUGAAAAUGUUGGUACCAUGAACAUGAACUUCAGUAACACUAACAUGACUAGCCAUGGAAGUUCAUCGUCGAGCCUUUCUUCUCCAUUUUCACCGCUCUCUUUCAACAUGGGGCCAGUACAAAGAAAUUACAAUGCGCAACCGGAUGGUCUGAUUCCUACACUAGAGAGUCUAAGCGUGUGCAAUGAUCAUCAUGACAAUGGCAAUCAAGUUUACUCUCAGUUUGAUCAGAAUAUGGGUGAAGGACAAGCGCGUGCUGGAAAUGUUGAAUUGUCCAACUAUGUUCUUGAAAGUUGGAAAUUUGAUAACCAUCAAGGUCAAGUGGGUGCAGAAAAUACUGAAUUGUCCAACGAGAAUUUUCUGAAUGAACAUAAUAAUUGGAUCUUCAAUAACCAUCAAGGUCAAGUGAGUAAUGCUGAACUGUUCAACAAUGUUCUUCUUGAAGGGAACGGAAUUAAUAAUUGGAGCUUUAAUAACCAUCAAAGUCAAGUGAAUGUUGGAUUGGCAAACGAUGUUCUUAGUCAAAGAAAUGCAAUUAGUAGUAACUGGAACUUUGGUUAUGAACAAGCAAUGAAUGAACAAGCAUUGAACUCUCUCGCUGCUAAUUCGGAGAUGUAUAUGAACUCUCUCGCUGCUAAUUCGGAGAUGUAUACUCCUAGUCUCGAACGUAUGAGUGCUAUAAACCAGGAACAAGGUUUGAACUCUCUUGCUGCUAAUUCAGAGAUGUAUACUCCUAGUCUCGAUCACAUGAAUGCUAUAAAUCAGGAACAAGGCGGGAAUGAUCAAGCUUUGAACUCUCUUGCUGCUAAUUUGGAGAUGUAUACUCCUAGUUUCGAUCACAUGAAUUCUAUAAAUAAGGAACAAGGUGGGAAUGCUCAAGCUUUGAACACUCUUACUGCUAAUUCGGAGAUGUAUACUCCUAGUCUCGAUCACAUGAAUGCUAUAAAUCAGGAACAAAGUGGGAAUGAUGAAGCUUUGAACUCUCUUGCUGCUAAUUCGGAGAUGUAUACUCCUAGUCUCGAUCACAUGAAUGCUAUAAAUCAGGAGCAAGGUGGGAACGAACCAGGACUGAACUCUAACGCUGAUAACACGGAGAUGUAUACCCCUACUCCUCCCGACAUGAACACAAUGAAUCAGGAACAAGGUGUUGCAGAUUCGGCUGAAGAUCCAUUUUCACCAAAUGAUCUGGAUUGGGCCGGUGGAGACAUCAUGGACUUUAUGAUCGAUAUUGAUGACUUGAUCUAAACAAGGUUCUCCCUAUUUCGCUUAAUUAAAAAGUAUUUGAUUAAUUUCUGAUAACUUUGGUAUGUUUCUUUGUAAGACUAUAUUUCAA